ACAGGAGAUGGCCAGAGACUGCGGACAUAGCACAGGAGAUGGCCAGAGACUGCGGACAUAGUACAGGAGAUGGCCAGAGACUGCGGACAUAGUAAAGGAGAUGGCCAGAGACUGCGGACACAGUACAGGAUAUGGCCAGAGACUGCGGACACAGUACAGGAGAUGACCAGAGACUGCGGACACAGUACAGGAGAUGACCAGAGACUGAGGACACGGUACAGGAGAUGACCAGAGACUGAGGACACGGUACAGGAGAUGACCAGAGACUGAGGACACGGAGAUGACCAGAGACUGCGGACACAGUACAGG